AUGCCCGAUUUCGAGGAGCAAAAGAACAUCAUUGACGCUGCCGUCGAGGCAGGAGUUAAGAGUCUCGAAAACGGAUUCUUCUCUUUUAAUCUUCCGGCCCGCACGGCGGAACUCCACCAGCCCGGAUAUCACAGUCACCGCUUUAGCUGGUCGAAUCUAUCUACGGUUGGCGAGGCGGUGGCCCGCGUUUUGCUUGCGCAAAACUCCCCCAUUGUUGUGAACCAAUACGUGCGCGUCAGAUCGUUCAAUGCCAGCCAAGACGAGAUAUUGAAGUCUCUUAUUUCGGUUACCGCGCGUAUCGAGAGUGCACGGGGCUUAGAUACGGUUGAAUGGAAGCAGAUUAAUGUCGAUCUAGAGGAAAAGGUUGUCGAGGCGCGGAAUACGCUGGCCCUGGGCGAUACGAGCAAAUUGAGGUAUAUACUUAGCAAGACCAUCUAUAAUACUGGAGGCAACUUUGACGAUGAGGGCGUGGUUAUGAAUGAGAAGCUGGGUAUGAUGCCGCCGGAAGGUCUGGAAGCUGCUAUUGAGCGAGAGUUGAUCAAGCUUCUGCCCCAAUAG